CAAAAACAAAAAUAAAAAGCCGCUAAUAAAAGGCAAAGUUUGUCUCCAACAGUUUAGGGUUGAGAAGAAAAACCACACCAGUAUUCGAACUGAACAGUCUGCAAGCACCAAACCUUCUUCCAAUCCACCAACGCCACCACCAUGUCCCAAAAACCCAAAUCACGACGCAAAACCACAAAAAUCGAACAAACACCAACACUCCCAAUCCAAAACGCGACCCCACCAGAGUUCCAUUUUUCCAUAGCCAGGAUCGCGGUGUCUCAGAUCAGCCAAUCAGUCGGAUUCAAAUCAACGAAGCCCUCCGCACUCGAAACCCUGACCCACAUCGCCGUCAAGUACAUCGGCGCCGUAGCCUCCGCCUCGGCCUCCUACGCCGCCAUGGCCAAGCGCACCAACACGAACGUCUUCGACUUCGCCAACGCCCUCCACGACUUGCAGUCGGUGCAAGGAUUCAGAGGCGCCUCCGCCCUCCACGAAAACGGAUUCUGCGUAUUGGGUUCGAGCGUUUUGAGCGAUCUCGCCGGGUUCGUGAGGUGGAAUCGGGAAACCCCCUUCGCCAGGCCGAUUCCGCGGGUGGAGAAAUUGGGCGAGGAGAAAAGGGGAAAUGGGGUUCCCAUUCCGCCGGAACUGGAUUCCCGGAGGGGCUUGCACGUGCCGAGAUGGCUGCCGGCGUUUCCGGACAUGGGGAAGGCGGUUGGGAAGAGGAGGAAUGGGGAGGAGCUGUGGGAGAAUGUAGUGGCUGGUAAUGGCGGCAGUGGCGGUGGCGGUGAGGGUGAAAGUGGAAAUGGGAAAAGGAAUUGCAGGGAAUCGGUGGGAAAGAGUAAGAGGGGGAGAGUGAGGUUUAGGGUCGGAGGAGGGGAAGAGGAGAGUGGGGUGGUGGGGGAAAUGGGCGUGGAUUUGAGGAGUGGGGUGUGUAGAGGAGGGAAGAGGGUGUCUUGUAGUAACAGUGAAAUUGGUUACACUAAUUUCAGUACCAGAACAAGAAUUCAUGAAUUUGUUGAUGAUGAUGAUGAUGAUGAUGGUGAUAAAAGAUAGUUUUAAUUUGAUAAUUUUGUUGUGAUGAAGAUAUUGAAGUUUUUUGGCAAAUUUCAGAGGUUGUUUGUAAUUUUUUUCACCAAGUUGUGUGUUCCGGAGGGACACAGCAGGAUUCGAUCGUCCGAUCUCUCUCCCAAAAAAACGUAGUGCUCUCUCCCAAAGAAACAUAGUGCAUCGUCGGCGCCAUGCCUUUUGCAGGAGUUUCUACACGAAGCUAUGGAUUUACGAUUUUAUGUCAUCGGUCUAGUAUCUUAGUAGAUAUCUUAGUAGAUAGGACAUGUUCUAAUAUUUUAGGGGAUAGGAUGUGGUUUAAUAACUUAGUAGAUAGAAUGUAGAGUUUCUACUUAUGCAUUUAGGGUUCGGAAUUCUUCUCUUUUAAAUUAUUGUAAGUACUCAUCGCCCUUCCCUAACAAUACUAAAAUAGAAAAAUUCAUUGGUUUUCCACUGAAACUGGUGGGCCUCUCGUCCAA